AUGCUCCCCUCUCCCAUGGAAGUCUCUGAUCAGCCCCAACUGCCGGCAAAGCCACUAGAACCGCCCUCGUCUAAUGCCCAAAAGCACAACCUUUUGCCGCCGGUAGGGGUAAAGCAGAGCAGGAACGUAGUGGAGGUCCAGUCUCCAGUUGAACAAGCUAAAGCGAGUAGCCGAGUAGAGAGCCCUGAUGGGGGCUCCCUAGCCGAACCUUCCCAGCCAUCUUUAUGA